AUGGAGCAAAUGAAGGUGUUUGAUAGAUUCCUGGGAUGCGAACGAACUGUCCAUGGAGAAGAUCUGGAUGGGUGGAAAAUUCCUGCACCAUCGACACCAAACAUGCUUGAGACCCCAAGCGCGGCAAAUCUGGUCACAGUCUGUGUUCAACCCUAUAUAAAACCAUCAGAAGAUGGCCAUCCAGAAGAGGCGUCGCUGCUAAUUGUUUCGGGCGCUGACAAACUCGUGAGUCUCUACGAUGUCCAAGCACCCUACCCUCUCCUUUCUACGCACGACAACCUAUCAGGUAGUCCUUUCCUUUCUGGGAUCUAUCUCUACGAUGGUGCAUAUCGAGCAAUGACAACGAUGUCUGGAGAGCUGUUGCUAUUCCAAGGACCGAGAGCCAUAGCAUCCAGGAAAGAUCAUACCAAAUAUGCUGUGGACGUGGUAUCGUUCCAGGAAGAGCCGCCGGAAGUCCAAACCACUUGGCUAGCGACAGCCGGGUGGGAUUCGAGAAUAUAUAUCUACAGCAUAACCCUCCUAGAUGUAGGUGCGCAGCUCACAAUCGGUGAACCGCUAGCGGUUAUCAAAACGGCCACAGUACCAGAAUGCAUCCUCCUCAUGCGCAGCGAGAGUACGGGGGACUUGGUUCUUCUAGCGUCUCGACGUGAUUCGACAUGUCUAUUUUAUUACCUUGUCGAAUCGCCAUUAAACCGGCUCGAAAGAGGACAUAGAAUGAAUGCCAAAAGUCAACAACUCUACGAGUGCCCACUUCUUGGCAAGCAGGAUCUGGCACCGAAUUCGAACGCAUGGGCUGCGUUCUCACCCGCGUGUUUUGCUCCAAGUCCGCGAGACCCAAUGCUUCUUGCCGUCGCGACCUCUAGUAAACCGUAUAUGCACGUAAUAUUUGUCCGGGUCCUCAUGCCAUUUCCAUCAGCAUCCACAUCGCCAACGCCUGGGUUAGGUGCGGCCCGGCGGGCGUCGCAGGCAUCACAAUCGAUGGCAGAUCGAGAGGCCGCUGCUAUACUUGUCCACGUGAACGCGAUGGCGCCGCAAACGGCGUUUUCCAUCCCAAAGCUCGUUUGGCGGCCCGAUGGAUCUGGGGUUUGGGUCAAUGGGGAAGAUGGUGUGAUUAGGGGUAUAGAAGCGAAGACGGGAAAGCUUGUCGCUUCAUUGAGGGGAGGGCAUGAACCCGGUUCCAAGGUCAGAACUAUAUCGGCGGGUUGGGCUCGCGUAGAUUACGGGGAGAAUAGGUUCGAAGAAUGCUUAGUUAGUGGCGGCACAUCUGUCCAUGCACCUCCGCACCAUGGGAGAAAGGCAAAGGGUGUUUGGUAA